AUGCUGGAAGAGCUAGAGGAUGUUCUGGCCCAAAAGCGCAAUUCGGUGCACAAACGAUCUGCGGGAAGGAUCAGAGACCUGUUGUCUUUGGCCACUUAUCCCAACGACGGCGACGCCAAAUUCUUGUCCAAGGAUGAGGCGCUAGCGGCGCUUGCGCCUGGCCAGUUUUUCAAUGGGCCCAUCUUCACAGCAGAGCAGCAACCCCUAGCCUUGUCGACAGUGCCCGAGUUCCUGGGAGAGUAUUACGAUGAUACGGCGACAGUCCACAUCCAGGAUUCGUCUGCCAGUACCGGUAAGACCGCGACAUGGGCGAGAGCAGUCACGAUGAAGCAGGUCAAGGACCGCUUCGAGGAAAACAAAACCCCAGACCACUGUCCAUGGAACAUGCUGGAGCUCGCGACGCACCACGAGGAUGGCCUUCGACCGGUGUUCUUGAACAAUGAAGACUGCCGUCUGAUCACGAAGCUCAAGAUCCCCAACCACGCUGACGAGACACGACGCAAGAAGUACGAGGCCGGAUUCAAAGAGGUCGAGAAGUGGGCGCUGCUGGCCGAAGCAGGUGCGCUCACAGAGCCACACCAAGACAGCCAUGGCUACAGCACUUAUAUCACCAUCAACCAAGGCUGCGUCGGCUUCGGCUGGCUCUCGCAUCCUACAAGAGAGGAGCGUGUAGCAUGGGGGCGUGACCCUCAGCACUUCCGAGAUGGCAGAUGGCGUUAUGUUAUCCUCAAACCGGGCCAGACCGUCUUCUUCCCAGCAGGUACCGUCCACAUGGUCUUUCGGCUCAAGGCCGCUGGUGACAGUCUCGCGUUCGGUGGACAUGUGCUACGUUGCUCCAACAUCGUGCAUUGGGUCACGACGAUAUUGGAGGAGCACGGGAACCCGAAUAUCGUGAACGAGGAUUUGGGGGACCCGGCGGUCGGGUAUCUGGAGCGCGUUGAGAAGUUCGUGAACCAGGCGAGCAAAAGAGGCACGGAACACAAAUGGGGAGGCAAAGACAAUAUCAAGGAGUUCAAGAGGUUGAAGGAGCAGUUUAUGAGCUUGCCGAAGCCAAGAGUUGCCCCUCCGAGUAAGAAACCUCCAAAGACAGCUGCUCUGGGAAGGUAG